UCUCCGAGUCUGAGAGAUCUGUUCUUGCCAGUCGAGCAUCGUGAAUCAGUUUAGAAUGUAUGACGAAACUGCAUUUCUUUCUGAAGAAAUCAUCAGAAACAUUCUCAAACGACUUCCUGUGAAGUCCCUCAUCCGAUUUCAAUGUGUGUGCAAAUAUUGGAAAAAUCUCAUCAAAAGCCGAUCUUUCAUUGUCGAUCAUCUUCAACACUCCAGUCAUCAAAACCCUUCUCUUCUUUUAAAACGGAGUUCUUUGCGCUUGAGUUUGCUCGAUUGCGGGCUGCAAGUCCGUCCACUUCUGAACGCCCCUCCGGAUUUGGGUGCAGUCCAAUUGCUAAUGAUUACAAGAUAGUGAGAGCUUAUUCUGACUCUGAGUUUGAUGAUGCGGUUAAUCGAGUGGAGGUGUUUUCAUUAAGCAGAGGGUCAUGGAAGGGAAUAGAGCUAGGGAACUUAAAGGGGGUGAAACUUUGUUCUGAAAGUGUCACGCGUGACGGAGCUGUAUUUUGGUUUGGGGUUAAGUUCGGUGCGGAGGAAAUGGGUGAAGAUGAUGGUGAUGAGGUUAAAGAUGAUCCUGAGGAUUAUGGAUAUGAAGCUGAGGGGUAUGAAUAUGAUAUUGAGGAGGAUGAAGAUGAUACUGAGUGGGAUGAAUAUAAUAUUGAGGAGUAUGGAUAUGAUACUGAGGAGGUUGAAUAUGAUACUGAUGGAGUUGAUAUUAAGGAGCGUGAAGAGGAUGCCGAUGUGAUAGUUUCAUUUGACAUCGCAAAGGAAGUCUUUACAUUGCUGCCAAGGCCUGAUGUAGACUAUAAUCAAGCAGAUGAAAAGCUUACAGUAUAUGAUAACAAACCUGCUAUACUUUGUGACAAUUGGGAAGAUGAUGAUGAUGAUAGAUCAGGUUUGAUUGAUUUGUGGGUGAUGGAGGAGGGUACACGUGCAGUUGGGGAGAGAUGGAGUUGGGCUAAAAUAUAUACUAGCAGUCCUUGUCCAUACACAUUAGAAUCGAUGACUAUUUGGAGGAACCAAAUUGUCUGCAAAGCUUCUUCUAAAGAUGAUAAUUUGAAAGGAAGAGAUGUUCUAUAUCUGUUGAAUAUCAUUACUAAUGAAGCUAAGAGGUUUGAUAUUCCCAAUUGUGGCUAUGGCUAUGUUCAUAGUAUGUGCAAUUAUGUUGAAAGCUUGGUAUCACUUGGCACCUACUGCUGAUUCUAAACCUUAAUUGUUACGUUGCAGAUUUACUUUGUUUUAAGUACUUUUGGUGGAAAGGAACCUCUAACAGUUUAGUUCAUUCUGUACCUAUACUAUUUGAUGCCUCUUGGAGAUGAUACCUAGAAUGAUGAAUGCAGAUAGUUAACACCAAAUGUACUUAUAAUUCUGGGCUUGUUUUUCGUUAAUAUACCUAUGUUUAUUUUUUAUUAUUAUUAUUUUUGUGGUGAAAAAUGUAUCACUUGUUUUAUUAUCUUGUAUGUGAGGCAAGGAAAGUAUUGAUGCCUUUUCCCCUCUUUCUGUUGCUCUAAAGUGUAAAGUCUAAAUUAAAGAUCUCUUGGUAAUUUUCCUUCCCUCCCCUGCUCCUUCCGGAUCCGAACAGGUGCUCAAAAUUGUUUGAAGGGCAAGAUUUGAGGCCUAUGGACAUAGCGAAAUGAGCAGAGGACCCCUUUAUGAAUAUUGGUCUGCUAAUGGUUGGCUUGAAAAUGAUGUACAACCUCAUGAUCAAUCGGUUGAGGCUGUGAAGAGUGAGAAUUGGAAACCCCCCGACUAUGGCUUUGUUAAAUGUGAUGUUGAUGCUGCGUUUUGUGCUGAAUCUUUCUCUGCUCGUCUCAGUGCUUUAUUUAGGGACUAUAGAAUUUCUCACAGGUGAACGCAUCAAGUGGGAUAAAGGCUUGUUGUUGUUGUUGUUGUUGAACGCAUCAAGGCUGAUUCCAGUUUUCUCAAGCAGGCUCUUCUUUUAGCUCAAGCGAAGGGUAUUGGUUCUAUGAUUGUUGAAUCAGAUUGUAAGAUACUUGUGGACACUAUCAAUUUUGGCUUUCUGGAUCUGUUCUGCUCGUGGUGGAUGGGAUUCCUCCCCCCUCAAAAAAAAUGGUUUCUUUGUUACUUCUGAUAGGAAUGCUGUUGAUUCUCGCAUUGUACAUUUUCCUAGUUGAUUAAUGAAAAUGCAUUUCCUUUGACAAAAAAAAAAAGGAGCCGAGAUGAAAAUACCCUUCAGCCUUGUUACU